AUGGCAGCACGACAGUCAUCUCAAGAAUUAAUGUUUAUUUGUUUAAAAUUUGGUAUAACUUAUCAAUCAAUUCAAAUCGAUAAAGCAAAUCCAAAUGUUCUUGCUGAACUUCAUCAAUAUGCAAUUAAUAUGGUAUCAAAAGCUAUUGGUAGUCUUGAAGGGAAUAAUCAUCGUCAUCAUAUCAAAUUAUUUCUCAUAUCACCUGAUCAUCAACCACCAAAUUUAAAAUUAAUAACACGUUCAAGUGAUUUAACACCAACAUGUUUUAUUGAAAUAAUUAUAUGGCGUUCAGAUCAAGAAACAUCGGCUCAACCACGUGAUCAUGUACUUACUGAACAUACUUAUAAAAAACCAACAUAUUGCUCAGUUUGUGAUUAUUUUAUGUGGGGUUUAAUAAAACAAGGUAAACGAUGUAAAGUAUGUCGACGUGAUUUUCAUCAUCAAUGUGCUGAACAUUUACCACCUGAUUGUCCAGGUACGGAUACAAGACAUGGUCCAUCACUACGUCCUGAAUCAUCAAAUACAACACUUAGUUCAAUGUCACAAGAUCAAGUAUAUAAGGAUCAUGAUAUCUUCAGUGCAUCUCAUACUCCAUCAAAACGAACAAAAUUUGGAAAGCUAUUUAAUGUUUCAAUAUCAAAACAUCCAUCAACAAAUUCAAAAUCAUCAAUUAUAUCAUCAUCAGUACUUUCAGCACCGUCAAAAUCAACUGCAUCAAAAUCAAUUUUAUCAAAUUCAAAUAAAAAUUAUGAAAAUUCAAAUUCUUCAUUAAAUAAUACAAAUGGAACAUCAACAUCAAAUUCUUCAACAACUAAUCCACGUCGAAGUGCACGUUUUCAACAAGAUCAAAAUUCAAAUGUAAAUACUCGAUCAUCAAUAACAGCACCAAUGAAUAUUAAACAAAAUCAACGUAGAGAUAUUAAAUUAACAAAUUGUCAUGAAAAAGAUGGUGUAUGGAUAGCAACAGGACAAUUCGGUCGAGAAAGUCGACAUAGUAAACGUGCAGAAAUAUCAUAUGAUAAGAAAAAAUUUCGAUUUACACAAAAAGAUGAUCAAGGAAAUAAACAUGUUUUUGAAAUACCAGCAGCAGAUAUUGAAGGUUAUCGAUCUCAAUCGUCAUCUAAUUCACCUACAAAUGGUUCACAAUUAUUCGAUAAUGCAUCUGGAGUACCACCGUCUCAAACAGUAAUUUAUCAAAAAUUAGCAUGUUUACUUCUUGAUACAAUAAAUGAAGCUGUACAAUCAACAAAAGAUCAUAAAACACGUUCAUCAUUUAAAAUAGUUCGUGGUACUGAUAAUGAUACGAAAGAUUUUGCUGAUUUAUAUGAUAUGAAUGAAAGAGAAAUUCUUGGUAGGGGCCGUUUUGGUAUAGUAUUUGGUGGUACAAUGCGUCGUAAUGGUGUACGUAUUGCCAUAAAACAAAUUCAAACAACACAAUGUACACAAAAAGAUCGAGAAAAUAUUGAACAAGAAGCUGCUUAUUUAUUUCAACUUAAUCAUCCGGGUAUUCUUAAAUUUGAAGGCAUAUUUGAUUUUGAACAACAUAUACUACUUGUUACUGAACGAUUAGAUACUGAUAUGUUAAAUUUUAUUCUUUUGAAUACAGAUCCACCAGCUCGUCUUAAUGAAGAUGUUACUAGAUUUCUUGCUUUUCAACUUGUUGCUGCUAUUCGUUAUCUACAUUUUAAAAAUAUAGCACAUUGUGAUUUAAAACCUGAUAAUGUUUUAAUCAACAUAUUUCCUGAUGGUGUGGUAUAUUUAAAAGUUGGUGAUUUUGGUUAUGCACGAACAAUUCAUGAACAUUCAUUACGUUAUACAAAAGUCGGCACUACUGCUUAUUUACCCCCGGAAGUUUCUCUUGAUCAAUGGCGACGUGCUAAAGGUUACAAUAAAACUGUGGAUAUGUGGGCUAUUGGUGUGAUUAUAUUUGUUAGUCUAACUGGCUAUUUUCCAUUUCAUGAAGACAUGGAUAUAUUACCACAACUUGAUAAUAUUCCAAAAUUAUUUCAAGAUGAAUUAUUUACUCCUGCAACAGAAGCAGUCAAAGAUUUAUUACGUUGUCGUUUAUUAGUUCCGGAUGCAGGCCAUCGUAUGCAUUCGGCAGGUGUUAUUUAUCAUGAUUGGUUUCAAAAAUCUGAUAAUUUACUUAUAUCAUGUCGACAAUUAGAAGAAUGUUUAGAGAAAAAAUGGUUGACAUUAUUUUUUGAAGAAGCUGAUUCAAGUACAACAAUACCAUUUGCAACCGUUGAAGAAAGUGAUAGUAGUUGA